AUGGAUAGCAGUCGUGUAACUCGACACAGUCCUGCGUUUUCCCCUUUGAGGGAGCUGAUCACUCAGUGUGACAGUCUGACAGUGCUGAUACCUGCCUGCUGCACCAUGAGGGCUAAAGCUUCAGACAUGCACAGCAAGGACUGUGUCAAAGUGGCCGUCAGAGUCCGACCGUUCAACAAGAGAGAGAGGGAUGCAGGCAGCCGGUGUAUUGUCUCCAUGGUGUCAAGCUCCAUCACUAUCCAGGACCCGCGUGAAUCCCAGAACCGCCGUUCGUUUUGUUUUGACUACGCCUACUGGUCCCACAGUGGCUUUGCACAAGACCGCAGUGGCCUCUUUGUGCCUGAAGAGCCCGGGGGACGAUACGCUGACCAGGACAGUGUGUUCCAGGACCUGGGAGAGGGAAUUCUUGAGAAUGCACUGCAGGGUUACAAUGCCACACUGUUGGCCUAUGGCCAGACCGGCUCAGGGAAGAGCUACUCAAUGGUGGGCUAUGGGCCUAACAAAGGCCUGGUUCCUAAACUCUGUGAGCGGCUGUUUCAGGCCAUCAGAGAAAACCAGGAGACCAGACAGUGUCAGGUGUUUUUCAGUAUGUUGGAAAUCUAUAAUGAGCAGGUGGUUGACCUGCUGUCUCGGGGGUCUCGUACUCCGGGGGGACUCAGAGUCAGAGAGGAGCAGCAAAGAGGUUUCUAUGUGGAGGGUCUCCGAACAGUCCCGUGUGAGAGUGCACCACAGGUGGAGCAGUUGAUGGAUCAGGGGACCAGGACCCGAACCACUGCUGCCACUCACAUGAACGCCAAUAGCAGUCGUUCACACAUGCUCAUCAUCCUCCAGCUCAAACAGAUCUUUUCCAAAGAGAGUAUCACAAAGCAGUCCAACAUUAACUUGGUAGACCUGGCUGGCAGUGAGCGUCAGCGGUCGUCAGGGUCGGAGGCGGACAGACUGAAAGAGGGCACAGCCAUCAACUUGAGCCUCACCACUUUGGGCAAUGUUAUCAGCUCCCUUGCUGAUGUGGCAGUUGGGAAGAAGGUUGUCCAUAUUCCCUACAGAGACUCAGUUCUCACCAAGCUGCUGCAGUCUGCACUGGGAGGCAACAGUCGCACUGUUAUGAUUGCCACGCUGAGUCCUGCUGAUAUCUGCUAUGAGGAGUCUCUCUCCACCCUGCGUUAUGCUGAGAGGGCAAAGCGUAUUCAGAACCGAGCAGUGGUGAACGAGAGCCCCACUGAGCGUCUGGUCAAAGAGCUGAAGGCAGAGAAUGCCAGGCUGCUGCAACGACUGAGCCGGCUGGGCCAGGAGGGACGCAGAGCCAACGACGAGACCAAGGAGCUUCGUCAGCUGCUGACCCACAAUGAGCUACAGAUCAGAGCCAUUCAGACUCUGUGGGAACAACACCUGCAAGAGGCGCUGAAGGACUGGGAGCAGCAGUACGCGAACAUCACACAGGAGAGGAGGAUGAUGCAGAUGCAUCCCUACAUCCUGAACAUCAAUGAGGAUGCUCAGCUGUCGGGCGUGGUCAAGCUUUUCAUUCAGGAGGGUGAAUGGGACAUCGGCCUGUGUGACUCUUCCCCAAGAUCCAUCUCUGUCAAGGGCUUAGGGAUCCAGGAGCGUCAUGCUGUGUUCAGGAACGAACAACGCCGGGUAACACUGACCCCGCUCGCAGGGUCAAAGGUCAUUAUCAAUGGCAAUACUGUGUCCCAGACAACUGAGCUGCAGCACCUGGACCGUCUCAUUCUGGGUUCCAACUGUACCUAUCUGUUCAUUGGUUAUCCUUCUGAGAGGGGCGGGGACGACUGGAGCCGCUAUGACUACGACUACUUCCAGUCUGAGCUGGCUGCUGCUGAGGGCAUCCACCUGGGUGAGUCGAGUGCUGGGUCCAGUCAGACAGACCCCAGUCUGCUGGCCGUCUUCUACGACUACAUCAAACUGAUGCCCAUGGUGGCAGAGGCCAACCAGAUGAGCCAGGAACUGAACAAGGGUGUUGAGUUUCAGUUGGAGAUCAAGAAUCUGGCGCUGUCAGAUUCAAAAGGCCACGACCUGGAGAAGGAGAUUGUUGUCAGAGUCACCACUAUGGGAAAAAAACAGGUAUGGAUGUGGUCCAAGGUCAAGUUUGUGAACCGUAAAUUCCUGAUGGAAGAGGUCUACCAGCAGCAUCAAAUUGAGACGAGUGGAGAAAAUAGAGUAGAGGGGCUGUCUACAGCCGCGCUACCCAGAGAUAAAGACCCCUUCUGGGAUCCUGUUGAGCCUCUGCUUCUGGGCACUGCUCACCUUUGGCUUCAGUCUUUGGCCUUCCGCAUCCCUCUGGAAGAGCAACUUGAGAGACAUACUGUAUUAUCUUUCUCACCUUUCAGGCCUCUGGGUGAGGAUGACAUUCUGAUUGACCCGUCUGAGUUACUGGGUCGACGACUGGACUUCCAGCUGGUCCUGGAGCAGUGUUGUGGCCUCCGCUGGAUCAGAGAGGCCCGCAAUAGAGGGGUCCAAAUUGGUUUCAGGUUGUUUGACUGCAGACAGUCUCUCUACACUCCAGCUGUGUGGCACAACGUCAAUCCUCUGUUGGAUCACAGAGUUCAUUUUGCCUCCCUCCAGACCUCCCAACGUCUGCUCGACUACCUGCAGAGCAGUGCUGUAGUGCUGGAGCUCUGGGGGCUUCAGGAGGGUUGUACUGACUUGUUAUCAUCUCUGGAGGGAGUGAGGAUGACUACGGAAGGCGUCUUUAUUAUCGAGGAGGCUGGCUCAACAGACAGUGGGCCUGUAGACUCUGCAGACCUCAGCUGUUCAGUGAGAGCACUUCAACAUGACUUGGAGGAACUCAAAAGUGUUAAUGCUUCACUGAGAAAAGAAAAUCAUAGUCUGAGAGAACAACUCAACACAGCCAGGAACGGUGGAGAGAGUGCGCGUGGCCGAUCAAUGCGUCCCAGCUGUGAUGCAGAAUUUGCUCGUUCUCUCAAGGUUUUCUACCACAGCAUGACCUCAGUCAGGGGUCAGCUGCAGCGCCUGCGCAGACACAGGCCCAGUGAGGACUCUGACCUGCUCGGGCUCAGGCUGUUUGUGGACGAGCAGAGUCGCCUGCUGAGGGGCUUCUCGGAGCAGCUGGAACAAAGCGUUUCCACGCUCAAACAAGACGUGGCCGCCAUCGUCCGCCGGAAACGAGAACGAUCGGGAAUCUGGUCCUGACUGAGUAACCGUUUACCAAUUUUCACAAAGGAUUAAGAAGGCGAAUGGCUGGUCCUGGUGGAGAAGGCU